UCCAUUCCGACAUCACUCUCUAUCUCUCUGUGACACUCACACACACAGAGCUUGGUCGGCUCCAGAGAUGAGAUCCAGGCUGCUGCACGGAAAUCGGUGAAAUUAUAUCUUUCUACAGGACUGUUGAAUAAUGUGGAGGAAGUCUAGUUAACCAUCCAUGGAUAUAUCUCCGGAGGUUUCGCGAAAUCAGUGGCGAGAGAUUGCUUUUGCAGAGGAAAUCCGCCUUCCGAGCAGGAGAACAACCAAUCAGCCGUGGAGAACCAAAGAUAAACAAGCCUUAUGAUAAGACACAACUCUCAGGUUAACCCAGGCUGUGUGCAGCCCUAGAGAACUAUCAUGCUGGCCUGUAUCCAGAGACAGCAGAACCUCUCGUCGCAGAGUCUGGCCUGCACACCCAAAAGCCUUGAUGUUCCACCGCCGCCAUUACUGCUGUCAGUACCACCGCUGCAGCCGCGCUCCCACAAAGGCGAGCCAGCCUCCAUGAUUUCUCGGUACCCUUCUCCUGCAGAGUUGGAUGCUUUCGCCCAGAGGACCGCCAACAGCCCGCUGUCCAUCAAAAUCUUUCCGUCUGACGUCCGGGUGCCACAACAUAAACAGCUUAACAAAACAGUCAACGGCUUAGACACCACAGGCCAACGCUAUGGCCCCAAUUCACACUCGUACUCAGGAGGCUACCAGGGUUUGUUGGGCAUCAUCAAAGCCUCCGUGGUGGUCAGAGGUGUGGUGAAAAACUCGGAGGGCAGGAGGACUAAACAUGCAAACACCCAGACUUCUGUGGCGCCGUAUAAUAAUCCUCUGAAUAAUGGCUACACAGUCAGACACGGGCACAAGGCCUAUCAUAUAAGCUCAUGUAAGCCCCAUGAUGUUCCCAUCGAGGCACUUUGUUCCAGCGCAGGGAUGGCCUCCGGAGAUCAGAGCCUGGCCCCCCAGUCUGAGCUGGCUGAGGUUCAAAGCCUGAUGAGGCAGAUGAGCAGAGUCCCCCACAGCCAGGCCCUGCAGCUGGGGGGAGAGGCUCGAGCCAGCCCCUCUCUGCAGGCCGUGGCCGCGGUGGCACAUCCAGACUCAGACUUUGUCCCGGGAGUGCCGCCCCAGAGCAGCCUCGCAUUCACGGGAGCAGUGCUACCCACACAGAGUGCAGACAUAGCCAAAGCUGGGUACUUGGAGAAAGGAGACUACACGGUGUGGCAGCAUAAACAUCAAAUUCAGCUGCAGCAGCAGCAGCAGCAGCAGCAGCAGCAGUCGUAUCAGCAGGGAGCAGUGAGGAUGUACAGCGUGAGCAACGGCGCUCAGAGGCACAGAGGCGCAGAGGCCCGGGUUGGCCAGUCUCCUGAAACCUGCCUCCCUUUGCCGUGCUCUUCGCAGCUGGCGUAUAGGCCGCAUCCUGCCAGCGUGGGUGCCGGGCAGGAGCGAGUCAGCAGCUCCUCUCUGAACUGCGCCGCCAUGCAGGGGGAGUACUCUGUCGGACCGUACUUCGCUCCUCUCUGGGACGGCGUCAUGGCCACCCCUAAUAGCGACUGUUAUACUUCUCAGGUGCUGGCAACGGGUACAUGUGCAGCCAGGCCUAGAGACCUGGGGCUCUCCCAUCCUCAUCACCAUUUCCACCAAAACCGCCAUCAACACCCCCACCCCCACCACCACCUACAGAGACACCAGCCACAGCUCCCUCCUCCUCCUCCUCCUCACACCCAGGCCUACAGCACAGACCAAAACCUCUGUUGUGGGCUGCCUAGUUCCAGCAUGUGCCACGCUGCAGUACUCAGCAGCAGCCUGCAGUCUCUGGAGUGCCUCAUCAGUGAGAUCCACCCUCCCUGCAUCAAAGAGCGCAUGCUGGGCCGCGGGUACGAAGCCAUGGGGAUGCCUCAGCUACUGGAGCACCAGCAGCAAAGCCACAUCCAGCUCCCCGUCUACAGAUAAAACACGGCGCGCUGCCACGCAACGGGGGCGCGGAAAGCGACAAACCUUUUAUAGACAAUGGAAGUGUGUCAGUUUAGACAUCUAUGAGAAUGAGACAUGCCUUUUUCAGUUUGUGCAUGGACUGUAUUUGUAGGAGGCUUUGUGUUUUGCGAGCCUGUGAACGAUAAUCAUGAGUUAAGAUACAGGUUUAUCUUAUGGACGUUUUAUUUUUAUAUCUUAAAAUGGCCAUCAAAUAUGCCUGCUGUUCCUCUUUAAUACUGAUGCUGAGCACCUAAUCAGAAUUUCCCCCCAUCACAUUUUAACAUGAACUGUACAUUUUUGCAGGUGAUUUCCCCCUGCAGGCCUUUACAAGAAACUUACUGAACUGAAAUAAUCAUAGGUACCCUUCUGAAAACUUGAAAUCUGGGAAGGACCGACAGUUUUUGUGAAUAUAUUGUAUAUUUUUUACAUAAAAACAACCUCUUAUUUCAACAUUCUUUAGUUAUUAACUGAACUUUCAGUUGUCUGCUGCUUCGUUGUUUCGUCCACUUUUCAGUGACUCCUGUGUUAACCUAUAGCUGCUGUAUGGGGAAACAUUUUGAUCAUUUGUACACAAAUGUGAAUAUAUAUAUAUUUCUUUUUUUGUUUUCUUAUGCAGCCAUAGACAAAGUUAUGUAAUUUAACAUCUUGAUUUAAUGUCAUUGCUCAGCACAAUGUAUUAGGACUGUUGCAUAUCCAAAUCAACACUGUGGCAAUUCAGGCCAAGCAAGAUGUGCCCUUUGGUUGUAUUUUUUUUUGACUU